AAGGUAUCGCGCGAGCGACCGCAGUAGAAAAGUUCGUUUCCAAAAAUCUUGUUCUAGAACUUCUCUAUGAUCUACUUCUAUGGUGUCUAGUACUAGUACGUUGUAACAGUAUCUACUUACGACGAAUAAAGACGGACCACAAAGAUGGCGGCGACUGCAGAAUUACGCGCAAAACUUGAGGCCAGAGCGGGUGUGGGUGAGGUGUGGGAGAGCCUGCCUCAAGCCUCGUCAGCGUCGUCAGCUUGCGGGACUGUAGGACACUCCCUUCUUGCCUCUGGAGGUGGCGCGUUUGCUGCGUGUAGGAAGGGUUUGACAGGCAUUUCGGGGACGGGGCCUGCUGCGGGCACAGUGGCCGCGCGAAGAGAGAAGAUCGUAUUAGCUGUAAAUAGUACCUAUUCUUGUAGUAAGUAGUUAUACCAGAGUAGUUUAUAGCACGCAUGGUGCAUGGAGUGCAUGGAGUAGCAUGGAGUGCAUGGAGCGCAGAGCUUUAAGGGGCGCAAGAAGCUCCCCCUUUAGCUCCAUGCUACUCCAUGUGAUCCAUGCACUCCAUGCCAUGCGAGCUGUGAAACCUUAUAAACUGCUCUAUUAUACAUAGAAGUUGCUCUCCUUGUAAUUUACCAGCGACUUACUUUGGUACCAAAUCAAUCACAGGUUUUCGAUGACCACGGUAGGCCUAGCCGGUUGUCACCACGGCGAUUAGAGGCAUGGCGAGGAGACUCGAGGCCCGAUGUCGAGAGCCUGCAUCGUGGCUAUCAUAUUGGCACUCAGGAAUACCUUCGGCAACUGCAGCUGAGUGGGCAGCACCGCGUGUCACCACACCGCACACGAGUUGGCUUGCGAAACAGAGAGUUAAGGGUAGGUUUUAGGUGUUCCUGUUGCCGUUCGUUUUGCCUUUCUUAUAGGGGAUAGGCAGAGCAUGAGCAAACGGGUUAACUGAACACCAAAAGCCUACCACUAAGAGAUCAACGUGGAGCAGAAGUAAUAAGUGGGGAGCGUCUUUUCCCUGAGAGCUCCAACGUUUCCAGAAAGCACAGUUUGCUUGGGACGAGUGGAUCCGCCAGCAGCAGCACACCCAUCGACAUUGAGAGUAGAGACAAGACGAGUUUUCUGUCGGGACGCCAGCUCCGAAAUCAGCUCCUUUCUAGACAACAACAUAUUCCGAGUAGCGUCGUCGAUGAUGCGGUGAGCCCACCAGAUGGACACGGACAACUACAGGGACCAAGCCCAUCCACUUCUCGUCCCUACUGCUCUCAAGACACUGAGAUGAAUCGAAGUAUAAACAGUAGUGCUGCUUCUGGUCUACAUGUACAACAUGCUCCAGCAUCACAUCAACAUCAACAUCGACUACAUGGCCAACACAUUAGCUCAACACGGACGAUCUUGUUAGAAGAUGAGAAUGAACAUGCAGAGCGCAUAGUGAUAACGCCACGAGAUGGAAAAGAACAUAGGUCCUCCUGCAUGAACCGCUAUAACGCCUGUGACAUAGGUGAAGCUAUCUGCCCAGGCGGCGAAUAUUUCUACUAGUAGAAGUGCGACACUUAUAUAUAAUAUAAAAUUUAUAAAUAUGAUCAACUACAGUUAAAUGAUUGAUGCAAGGGCGGGGCUAAUGCUAAACCACUAUGACGUGAUUGAAGUUGAACUUGUAGAGCAUAGACAUAUUGGAGUAAUCGCAUCGGUCAGCACAUGAUAGAUUUUUGAGUAUAUUUUUUUCAUUACAUGUAGUCGGUCUUUACCGACGUUUUCCCCCUCCCGUUCUAGACGAAUAUUUUUUGUUCAAAAACCGGCUAAUCUUGAUCUUGAAUUAACGCAUAACAAUUUUCCAUUACCAUGCCUCUCUUGCGUCAUCAACUGUCACUGAGAUGAUGCGGCUAGUAGGUCGUGUCCACCUCAAUCAUGCUCCUCGUCCUCGUGGUAUUUCUAUUUUAUUCUUCAUGAUCGAAUUUAUCUACCAACGACCUGAGAUGUCCUCGUCUUCCUCCUCGUCUUCCUUCGAUUGAGGAAGACGAGGACAUCUCAGGUCGACGUCUGGCUCUGGCCUGAUGCGAAGUCGGGAUUGCGAACGAGUAAAAGAGUGGUAGUGGAAAUCUUAGAUUAAUACAUCAUGUCGGUCUUUGUGUCGGUUAAUAUGCGUACUGAACAAAGAUGCGAUGGACAAUGUAUUCACGAUGACGUUGUCGUAUAUUUCAAU